CAUGGAUAUUAGGUCUAUGGAUUUGAUAUAUAACCUAGAAAUGGAAAGAUUAAAUUCAAUUAUGGAUUUAAAAAAUUUUGUACUAUUUAAACAAGGAGCUGAAGCUAGAAUUUAUAAAGGAGUGUAUUUGGGAAAACCAUGUUUAGCUAAAGAAAGGUUUCCUAAAAAGUACAGACAUCCUGACUUGGAUCAUUCUAUAACAACAGAAAGAAUAAGGGCUGAAAGUCGAGCUAUUGUUCGUUGUAAAAAUGCUGGUAUCAGAACUCCCAUGUUAUAUUUGGUAGAUUACAACAGAAGAAUAAUAUUUUUAGAGUAUUUUGAAAAUCAUAUUACUGUUAAAGAUUAUAUAGAACAGUGUUCUGAUGAAGAAACACUAAAAAGUUUAUCUUUAAGAAUAGGAAAUUUAAUUGGUAAAUUGCAUUCGAAAAAUAUAAUUCAUGGAGACUUGACUACAUCAAAUAUACUUUUGAUUAAAAAAGGUGAUGGAGAGUUAACAAUUACAAAGAAGGAUUUAGUGUUGAUAGAUUUUGGCUUGGCUCAUUUAGAAACUAGUGCGGAAGAUAAAGGAGUAGAUUUAUAUGUAUUAGAGAGAGCUUUGAUUAGCACCCAUAGUGCUGCAAAAGAGAUAUUCAUCAAUAUUCUAAAUGGCUAUAAGGAAGUAAAUAAAAAUAACUUCAAAGAAAUAUAUUCCAAAUUUGAAGAAGUGAGAGCUAGAGGUAGGAAACGCACAAUGGUAGGAUGAAUACUGUGGAUGUAAUACAUAAAAAUCAAAUUAAUCUUUAUAGUAAGUAGAUGGCUCACAUCAAAUUACUUUUUUAUGAAAAAAUAAGUAUUAAUUCCUUGUAAUUUCUUAUUGCCCCAAAAAAUAUAUCUACCUACCUGUGAAAAAAAUUAAUGAUUUAAUGAAUGUUACUUUAACAAGUGCAUUAUGCUACAAGAUUUCUGAUAAUAAUAUUUUUUCCUUGAACAUUACCUGGAAAUAGCCUCAUAAAACUUUAUUGAGAAAGGACCAUGAUCUCUUUAUCACAAAUAAUAUGGUACUUUGAAAGUAACGGUUCAAUCAAUUUUUUCAAGAAAAAACCUUGUAUAUUGAUUAGAAUAAAGCAGAAAUGUAUGAAUAUAUUUUGAGUGUUU